AUGCAUGUUGCAGCAGCAGCAGCAGCAGCAGCUGAGCAACAAGUCCAGGAUGCGCGAGAUUCGAGCGACUCAAAGCGCAAGUUUCGCGUGCUGGGGCUAAAAUUUCCCGGCGAAUGGACCAACAAUGAGAAGUUCCUGGAAUUGCUGGAGCGGAGCGAAUCCUUUCAUAUGUGGUUUGAAAAAAACCUCAGAGGUGGUGUGAAGCAGGGCGGCCUGAGCGUGAUGUAUGAGACAGCCGAAGAAGCGAAGCAAGCAUUCGCCAGUGUUCAGAAAAUGACGUUUGACGGGAUGACGCUGAAACUGCAAGCAUCGAAGCUCUUUUAUGAUCCCUUGCCAAGUGCGCGUCACGUGCAGCAGCAGCAACAGCAGCAAACGAUGCCUUUCGAACCAAAUUUUGCUGAUUCUGCAAGACGUCUCUACGCUCUCCAUCUAACACUUGCAACCGAUCAGACGUUGCUUUCAUCAAUAUUUGGCAGUGAAUGCAUCGAGGCUGUGCAGAUCCGCGCCGAUCCAUUUAUACACUCCGAAAAACAAGCUGAGAUUGUGUUUCGCACGGCGGAAGAAGCGAACUACGCACUCAUUGAGCUUGCAGAUGGCUUCGAAAUUGAUGAGGGCGAUCGACAGCUCACAAUGAGGUUGCUGACUACCGAUGAAUACGUGAGCCAUAUGAGGAGCGAGCAAGAGAGAGUUAGUGGCCGGUUGCCUGCGGUAACAAGCAGUGCUCCCGGCUCCGUAUCAUCCUCCACGUCGCCUUCUGCAGCAGCUUCCGCUCCUUCCGAUUCGUCUGUUGCGCAGUUUGUUCCUGCUGCAGAGAUUACGGAGGAGGAUGUAACCGGAUUCCUGCAGCAGCACGUUGACACGUCACGCACAAACUGGGCUGAGCUGAACGACGCAAAUGAGCUGUGGAAGUUGUGCGAUGAGGUAAGUGAGUUGCACAAGGGCAUCCCGGAUUCACUGCUUCACGUAGCGAUGCUGAACGUUCUGGAUCGCUAUCGCCGUACCCUAACAACCCACUGGAUGCGACAGCAUGUUGAUGAACUCGUCAGGAUGUGGAAGAAAGAACUGCGGAACAGAAAAUGUGCGCUGCGUCCCACUAGCUACACGGUAUGCGCUGCCCCAUAUACUCCUUAUAAAGUUAGGCGAAAAAAAGCACCGGCCACUGCGGAAAGGAAGCGUGCAUUGGCCACAGUGAUGGCUGUUGGAGAAAUAUUGCCAAAAGUACGGACUUUGCUGGCAACAGAAGAAGGCGAGUUGGAAAUUGACGAAGAUGAACACGGCAAUUACUCGAUUCAGGGCGAGCCCUUGUCCUUUAAUACGUGGGCUGUAAUCCAUCAGCCGGCGCAAGCGACAUCCGAGGAACAGUCAGUCACUGGUGGAAAUCUAGCCAAACUGAGAAAUAAAUUGAGAAAGGAAUCUUGGCAGCAGAAAGCGGGUGAAGAAAAGAGGAGGAAAGUGGAGGAGACGAGCAACGAGGGUGAAACUGAAAAGGAUGACAGUGCGAUUCUCGAAACCAGUGGUGGGACAGAGGCCGAGAGUCUCGACACCAGUAGAGAGUUGGAAGAGGGAGAAAUGUUUUCGGAUACUUCCUCAUCUUCGGCUUCUUCGUCAUCAUUUGAGGAUGAAGACGACGACCAGUCAGCUUACAGUGGUCGUCGGCGAGGACACCGAGAGCGCGGAAAAUGUCUGCUUGUUUCAUCUCAUGCCCUGAAUUGCAGGAAAGCUCAGUUGAACUCGGUGCAAGCAGUGUUAGGUUCGGUUAGUCCACAGUUCACAGCGUUAUUUACGCAGUUGUACGAGCAGCGGCACAAACUUUGUCAGAAGCUUUCCACUUCGCACAAACACGCGUUUGUUGUUGUACUGGGACAGAUUCUUUCAUCGCCACGUGGAAUGACAACCGCCCAGAAGAAUCAGAUGAAUUUGUUCAUCCAGAACUUCGCCGCGCAGAAUUUACCAAAAUAA